AGUAGUUUUGGACAGUAGGUAUGUGUUUGUGUGUAAAAUAUUAUACACACAGUGUAUGCGUAUGCGCGCCAACACCAGUCUCAGUCAAACAGUCCAAUACAUUAUACAUUUGUAAGUUGAGAGAUAACGGCGCGCACAACAAGCGAAUAAUCAAACGGUGCCGAAAACAAUGGCCGGGUUUCAAGGGAAGCGAUUUUACUUGGACACAGAAAAUUCGCCGCAAUUGGCCAAACAAUUGGACCAAUUGAUCACUCAGUUGGGCGGCGCGAUAAGCGAUUUUCUUCACCAACGAGUCCAUUACAUAAUUACAACGCGACCCGAAGCUCUAUGGCCACCAAAAGUCACCGAUAAGUCACACCAUCGAGAGGUGUCACGCGAGCCGACGGCUGUCCAGUCGCCGAUAAAUCUUAAUAAAAAUUCGCGCGGAUCGUUACUAUUGUCUAAAUUGAGGACCAAUGAGAUGAAACAGCCGGCGCUACCAACCGAUGUACUCGAAAGAGGUCGUCUUUGGAACAAAAAGAUACUGAAAGCACUGGAAGUACUCGAGUUUUGCAAACAACAUGUCAGUCCACAAGUGAUCGCCGAUUCAGACGUCUCUACGGCACACGUAAAACGGCUGAAAGGACCGCACAUUAAAGUCGAAGACAAUCGGCUACAGCACCGACCAGUCUAUAAGGAGUUUGCCGAUUGGCCGAACAUUAACUACGAAUUGAAUGAUAGUUUGUGUCCAUUUGUGAAGAAAAAAGUACAAAAAGAGACGACAAAUGAUGAACCAAAAGAAUCGCUCGAAGGACUCGCAGCCGUCAAACGGAUUAAUAAUAAUAAUACUAAUAUUGYCGGUCAUAGUAUUACUAGUAGUUAUAAUAAUAAUAAUAAUAAACGGGACGCACACUUGAAGUCAGAAUUGCACGAAUCGUUUACCAUAAAUGAGGACAACUAUAAAGAGCUUAAAGGCGUUAUACAAUCGUUGCCGCCGUUUGUCGACAGCAGCACUACCUCCGGGUCUGGCAAAUGUUUACAGUUUGACGGCCAGGACAGCGAUGCCAGUGAUGAUAAUAAUGAUGUCAAUGACCGCCAGCACAGUAGCGACGAUGAGGAGCUGCCGUGCAGUCCGUUUCAGUCAACACCGAAUAUGUCGACCAUUCAGCUCCAGGGCUCCAAACAUAAGUCUCAUUUCCUUCGUAUUCAUGAUCUUUUAAUUUAA